AUGACUAAAGCUAAUAAAAAAAAGACUUACCAAAAGCCAACCCAAGAACAAAUUCAAUAUCUGCGUGAUAAAUCUAAAGUUUGUAAUACAGAAAAGUCAACACUUAAUUGGAUACAAAAAUUUCAAAAGUAUUGUUCUGAUAUUGGGUUAGAAGGUACCACAGAAGAAGUUGAUAAUGUGACCAAAUUAGAUGUUCAAUUAUGUGAAUACUUUACUGUUGCUGAAAAAGGAGAUAGAUCACCAUAUACUGUUUCGUUAUUAUUAGCUGCAGUAAGAGCAAUUAACAGGUUUUAUAACUCGACUAUUAACCUUUCUGAAAAAGGAUAUGAUGAAACAAAUAGAUCAAAUGUUUUGAUAUUUGAAAAAAUUAGAAUGAUUUUAA